AACGCUACUUCCUCUAAAUUGAUGGGCCCUCAAGUCGUUCCGUAUUCUAAUGUAAUCUUUCACUGGCAGAGGGGAUGGCAGGGACAAGUGCCCUCAGAAUCACCAAUCUCCAAAAGGCUGUGAGACCCCUGCCCCAACAGCUGACAGUGGCACCGCCAGUCAGCGUGCAGCUGCGGACGAAGACCUCUUCCAGCCCCGGGGAGCGGCUGAGUCAGUCCAAAUCCAUGGUGCUGCAGGACUCUGACCUGCAUCAGAAACCAAUCUCUCGCCACCGGAGGAACCAGUCUCAGCACGGCAUUGCUGGAGCCGGGGCAAUGGGGACCUCAUCUCAGGUUGAACUGCAAGGGGAAUAUUUAAAUAAGGCCAAAAUAUCAGACGGCGGAAAAAAGCAUAGGAAAAACUGGACUUCCACGUGGGUCGUCCUGGAUGCAGAUCAGCUGACUUUUUACAAAGAAAGCAAGCAAGAGGCCUUAGCCAAUUUGAAACCAGGAUGUAAGCCGGACGGAGUGGCCCUGUGUGGAGCCUUGAUCGACUGGACCACAGAGAAGUCAAGCAGAAGGAAUGUGCUUCAGAUAACGACACAUACCGGAAGCGAGUAUCUUCUUCAGGCUGACUGUUACACCACCAUUUGCAAAUGGUAUGACGCUAUUAAAAAGACAGUCAAUUCCUUGUCCAACGGGAGCGGGGGCUUACGUCCCGGCAAGACGGGACUGCGGAGGUCAGCCAGCACGGAGAGCAUCCCCAGACACAGCUCCCUGCCCGCAUAUGGAUCAGCCUCCCCCAGCACAAAGCAGCGCAGCAUGGUGUACCGCCGCUCUAUUAACAUGUUCACCAGCUCCAAGCUGAAGCACAGCACCUCGGACAGCGCGGACAAGAGCGGAGUGAAGAACCGGCUCAAGAAGUUCAUCAUCAGGCGACCUUCCAUGAAGACGCUGCAGGAGAAAGGCAUCAUUAAAGACCGUGUGUUUGGGUGCCACUUGUUGACACUUUGUGAACGCGAAGGGACCACUGUGCCAAGUUUCGUUAAGCUCUGUUUGGAGACCGUGGAGCGACGAGGACUCACAGUUGAUGGCAUUUACAGAGUGAGUGGUAAUCUCUCUACCGUCCAGAAGCUGCGCUUCAUGGUGGAUCAAGAGGAGGAACUCGACUUGGACGCCAGCCAGUGGGAAGACAUCCACGUCGUCACCGGCGCGCUCAAGAUGUUUUUCCGCGAGCUGCCGGAGCCGCUGUUUCCCUUCCGAUUCUUCGAGCUGUUCGUCGAGGCAAUAAAGACCAAGGAUCGGAGGCAGAAGGUGCAGGCUGUGAAGAAGUUGAUCCAGCAGCUUCCAAAGCCCAACCUUGACACCAUGAAGCUCCUGUUUGGUCACCUCCAGAGAGUCCUCGCCUGCUCAACGAAGAACCUGAUGUCCAGCCAAGGAGUCAGCAUCGUGUUCGGCCCCACCCUCAUGUGGCCCGAGAUGGACUGUGGCAACAUGGCCUUCAACAUGCUCUACCAGAACCAGAUAGUGGAGUUCAUCCUCAUGGAGAGCCGCGACAUCUUUGACCUCGGCAUGUAGUAGCCCGCCCAAACCCCCCACCCCCCCCACCCUGUGGCUGACCGUGAGGUCUGGUCCUUUGAAGGGGUAAAGCUCCAUAGAUCUGUAUGUUGGUCAAUGUGUGCAGAAUUGAAAGAAAUGGAAUGUACUGACAUACUGCUUUCUUAGAUAAAUGUUAGCGAGGUCUGUGAGGGAAAUGACUGCGCUCUAAAACGGCAGUACAAUUUUAACUGCACCUUUUUUUUAAUUAUCUUGCAAUGCAAUGACAUUGCAAUGCCUUGUGUAUUUGGCUUGAAUUAUUUCUACACCAUCAGCUGCAUUUGCACAAAUUCCACACCUGCCAAAUCUCAAUCCCAAAGUAACUCAGGUAUAACUUAUAACCAGUAGACAUUAUGGUGAGGCACUUCCUCAAGAGAUGCCCCACCACACAGUAAUGUCGUGUCCACAAAUCUCAAUCCAAGUCACCGCGUUAUCAUUUGAAUGAUAUGUGCUUACGAAAUGCUUCUAUAGUUCCGCGACUAAUUGUGUAUUGCUGCAUAUUAGGGGUGUACAGCUCAUGUUAUUGAGUUUGAAUUGUGUUAUCUCAACGCAGCUCUUUCAUUAAUGCCGCCGUGUUAUUGGUCAACAUUACUCUCGGUCACAUGUCGGUGAUGUAGUAGUGAUCCUGUGUUGUGCAGGAUACUUCUACCAAAAUUAAAUUAAACAAAGCAUACAUAUAAUGAGGUCAUAUCAUUUGGAUAGUGAAGUAAUUUGAAUUAUUUGGAUGAAUGAAAUUAAUGAAUAAAUAAUGAGUACCAUAAAUAAUGCCCUUUUAUAACGUUUGUAUAUUUUCUUUAAAAUGCCUUAAUAAUAGGUCAUUAUAUAUUUUCCAGUGCCAACAAUUAAGGCAGAAAUCAAAGGAAAUGUUGAUCUUUCUAUAAUAAAAACAUUGUUUAUAUGAAGGAAUCCAAUCAUUAUUUGACACUUGGUGUUGGUUAUUAAGAAUAUAAUUUACUUCUGCACUGGAUUCUUGUUGAACAGCAGCUAAAUCUAGAUAAUUAAAUCAUGUGUUUUACAUGCAAUGUAAAUCAAGAGAUGUAUCUCUCUCAUCAAGAGGGAUAAAUGAUUGUGUCUAUGUAUGGGGGAGGGGGAGGCUGUUUAGAAUAGAUUUAGCUUAAUGUAAUAAUGUUGAAUAUGAUAUUGGUUAAAAUUCAAGACUGUCUUGAAUCCAGCAAGAGCUUAUAAAUAGCUUUUUGGAACCGUAUAUGCCAGUGAAACACUAUCAAUGUUCAUAUAACCUGGACAGUCAUAUGGAGUCAUUCAACACAACAUGAUGUCCCAUUGAUUUCAAUAUCUGAAUAAAUACACUUUUGAUGCA